AUGAAGAGAACUGCCGUCCAGCCUCAGUCACCUCGCAAAGUUCGCGUGCUGGAGCAUCUUGAGGCCGCUCACGAUCAUAGUACAUCGUUUGUAUCUCUGCAAGAAGGUCUCGAAAUCGAGUCCGACUCUAUUGGGAAGCCUGCUGCUCUGGGUAUGUCGCUGUAUAUCAUACCCCGGCAUUUGUCAUUCACGCCGGGCGCAGCGUCAUCCUCCUGGAGCAGACUGUAUUUUGCUACGUACGAAGACUUCUUUCUCUACGCACGACAGCGUGAACAUCCUGCUGUGCGUGCGCUUCGCAUGCGUCGGGCAGAUAAUCCGAGCCCGAUGGCUGUUGAUGCGCCAUUGCCUGUCGUGAUGCCCGUGCCUGUCACGUUGCCUCCGGUACCCAUUGCUGGCGGUCUCUUUUCUCGAGUUGGCGUGAGCUCAUACGAGUCCAUGUGCACUCCCGUCUCUCUCCAGGCUCAUCCGACACCAUUAUCUGUCGGUUACAAUGGGCUCUUUCAUCGUGGUGACUUGCCCAACAACGAUGCCAUGCGCGUUGCGGGGCUUGUGUCCGAGCGCUGCAUCUCGCCGAUGGCUAUGCCGCUGGAUCUGACUCCGAUUGAGGAGCUCCCGCUGUUGGAUAAUCGUGACAAAGUUCACGACGUCGUGGAAGACUGGUCUCGUGCGAUUGAGGAUGGCAGGCAGCAUGUGGUGUCGAUUGGCAUGCUGAACCGUUGGUUCAAGUAUGUCAGUACUGUGAGGGAUCUGUGUGAGGUAGACCAUAUCGUCGAGCAGUUGCCUCAUCCUGCCAAUGCCCCAAUGCUGUUGGUUAGCGGCAGUUCGCUUCGCUUGCUUUGUGCAGAGUUCGUUAUGUUUCAAAAGCAACACAUAUCUUUACUCUUCGAACGCCAUUGCCUGCGCCGCGGGCAGUCGAGUAAUGCGGUGGCCCUGGUACAGCUGCGGGAGCACUUGCAGAGUUGCCGGUGUCCCGGUGAAUACUACGUUUUCGCCGAGUUGGGCAGUCAGCGUCGUUUGCAGAAACGUACACGAUACGCAUCGGGUCAUGCACUUGAUCCGCAGACCGAGAAGAUCAGACGUCGCAGACCGAAAACGGUGCCCGUCGUCGUACCGGCGCCGGAGUUGCCCAUACCUUUGUUGCGGGAUCCUGAUGUUCCCGCUGAUCUCUUCCCUGAACAGUAUUCCAAUGAGCUUCGCGACACUAUUAUCUUUGAGUGGCAGGCCAUGAUGGAACCGAUAGAGUGGACGAGGAAGACUUGCGCGGUAUGUGGGCAGAUGCAUUUCAGGGACAGGGUUCUUGUGCGCGAUGUCCCCGAUGAACAGCUGGAGUUGUUACAGGAUCAUUCAGUGCCGGCGAAUCUCAUGCCAGUUGCGUAUGAUUUGAAUAUCUAUCGCUUUGCGCUUCUACAUCCCGAUGGCGUUAUCCUUCCCCGUGCGCGAGGUAGUCUUCAACUGUGCACCAGUUGUUCUUCGUCGCUGAAGCGCCGAAAGAUGCCGAAAGAUGCCAUCGCCAAUAAACUGUAUUAUGCUCAUGACAGGCUUCCGCCCGUUGUCAAGUCUGCGUUUGCCAAAGCGACUCUGGCCGACAAGAUGUUCAUGGCAGGGUGCCGUAUGACCAAGAUAACCUUUCUCAUUGAGAAUCCGGAGGAUUCUGGUAGGCAACUGCCGCGUCAAGGCGCGAAUCGAGGACAUUGUGCGUUCAUACCUCAGGACUCUGGGGCGUUGACUCGGGUGCUACCGCCCGCACCCGAUGAUCCAUCUCUUGGAAUCUGUGUUCUGUUCGUUGGUCGAGGAGUAGCGCCCACGAAAGAGAAUCUUGCUACGGUAUUGCAUCCUUUGUUAUGCCAGCUUCAGGUCUUGAGCGUCGUGUGUCCGUUUUUGGCGCAGUCGAAUCGGGCAUUUCGGGAUCGUAACAUCAUGUACAGCGAAGCCAACCUUCGCGCCAUCGGGUCCGCUUUUCCUGAUAGCGAGACUGGUUUGGCGUCAAAUGUCCAGUUGACUGUUCUCGAUUCCGGGUCUGCUGUCGGCGUCCAUCAUGCUAUGCAGAGCGGUUACUCUAAUGCUGACCGCGCCGAUCUCGUUGUUCCGGCUGGCCAGUCCUUCAUCCAGAACGUGGGAUACGCAAACGAGACGCAGAGUUCCAAGGCAGCGACGGCUGCUAAGGCACAAGCGCUGGAUUGGAUCCUCAACAAGAAGCCUUUCGUGCAAGUCACCGAUGGAAGUCAACUGUUCUCUGACCGUGAUCGAGACGCGCUCACGUUAACUCAUCCGCAUCUAGAUCCGUACGCGUUGGGUCCGUUCUUUCAUGAAGAUCGUAUAGGGCCUAGGCAUUUGUCCAUGCAGCGCCAGUUGAAGAACAUGCUUCUUAUGAAGGACGCGCCGUUUGCGGCGGACCCAAACUUCGCCUAUGUGUUCUUCAACGCGAUCCAACGUAUGCAGACCUCGACCGCUGCGACGUUCAGGGUUGCUGAGAACCAGUAUGCCUCGUUUACCGACACGCUGAUGGAGAAUAGGGGCAUGCUUGAGGCUUUAGAAGGGAAGUAUCGUGCCAAUCCCGAUGCCCAGCCUACUACUUCAGGAGAACGGAAGCUUGUCAAUGCCAUGAAUCAGUUACGGGUUAUGUGCAAAGACGUGAUGGGCUCCAAUGCGUCCAGGACACGGAUGAGGUCGAAGCUUCGCGCACUCUUGAAAUCUUUCGGUUGCCCGACGCUGUUUGUCACGUUGAAUCCGACCGACGUCCUUUCUUUACAGUUGCACAUCCUUUGCGGCGGCAACGCGGACGACUUUUCGCAGAUGAACGACUAUGAACGUACCAAACAGGUAGUCGAGCAUCCCGCUGAAACGGCGAUCUGGUUCGAUCGUAUCAUGAAACUGUUCAUCAAUAUAGUACUGCGUCAUAACUCGGAAGGUCCCGGGCUCUUCGGGACGUCUGAGGCUUACUUUGGGACUGUAGAAGCGCAGGGACGUGGCUCGCUUCACUGUCAUAUGUUGCUGUGGUGCAAAGGUAGUCUGUCGCCACAGGACAUACGUAACAAGAUGCAGUCGGAUGAGGCGUUUCGAGAUCGCAUGUUCGGAUGGCUAGAGUGUAUCGUGAAAUGCGAGUUGCCCGGCAUGCAGGAGGUGUUGCGGCAGCGACCAGGAGAGGAGUUGGAGAACCCUCUAGACAAAACGCAAGGGAAACCGGGGCUCCGUAUACCGCCUUUGAUACCGAAUCCCGAGACAAUGUCGUCUGAGGAGAGAGCACUAUUCGAAGAGCGGUUCCAAGACUUUGUGCAUGAUCUUGCGUGCGCUUUCAACUGGCAUAAGCACCGGGCGACCUGUUGGAAGAAACUGAAGCCCGGUCAGGAGAAGACUGACGCUAAUUGUAGGAUGCGCAUCGAUGGGCAUACUACCCCAUUUACCGAGCUGGACGAAGAGACUGGCGCUAUUUUGCUGAGAAGGCUUCAUCCCUGGAUCAACAAUUUCAACGACGUUGUGCUGUUUCUGCUCAGAAGUAACAUGGACGUCAAGUAUAUCGGGUCCGGUCAGGUGGCGAAGGCUCUGGUCUAUUAUAUUACAGACUACAUCUCUAAAGGCACGCUUCCGAUGCAUGUUGGUCUUGCUGCUGUCAUCGCCGCCAUAAAGAAGAUGGAACUCUCUGCUCCUGCGGACUCGGAUGAAGUGACGGCAAACGUACAGCGAAGGCGGUUCUUGAUCAAGUGCGUGAACGCCAUGAUGGGACGCGUAGAGUUAUCGCAUCAGCAGGUCAUGAGUUAUCUUGUUGGCGGCGGUGACUUCUAUUCUAGUCAUCAGUUUGCGUCCUUGUAUUGGGGAGACAUGAGCAAAUUCCACUUGCCUCCCGUUCUAUCGAGUGGCGAGGAUGAUGACGUCGAGGAGUAUGCCGGAGGCGUUGAUGUCACGGUCAAUCUACGAGACAAUGACAUCGUGCCCUCUAGUCAGCUCUUGGAUUACAGAUUCCGUCCGAGUGGUCACGGCUUCGAUGAGAUCAGUGUUUGGGAGUUUGCUGGCCUUGUUGAGAAGAGCAAGAUCAAACGCAAAACUGAUGAAGCUGUCGAUCCGCCUGCAUCGGCCAUGUAUGAAGUCGAUGAUGGCCAUGAGGGGGAGCUGUCGGGAAUGGCGAGUCGAGCCAAACUGUCGUUCAUGGAACCGCAUCCGCAAGCCGACACGCAUGUCAUACAUCUCAGAGGGAAUGUCCAUGUCCCUAUUCUUAGCGGGCCUGUCAUUCCUCGCUACUCGAGUGAAGAUGGCGAUGCCUGUGAGAGAUUUUGCAGGGCCAUGUUAAUUCUGUUCAAGCCUUGGAGAGAGCGAGGCGAUUUACUUGGAGGUUAUGGGACUUGGAAGGCGGCUUAUGAUGCUCAUCGCUUUCCCGAUCAUCUCUCCCGUACUAUCAGGAAUAUUCACGUCGAACAUGAGUGUAAAGAAGCGCGGGACGAUCAUAGUCGUGCGUGGCGCGAAGGCUUACAGGAAGACUUGUUAUCGGGAGCUACAAACGGGCGACUCUAUGGUCUCAGCAGCGUGGAUCCGGAUCUUUUCGAGUUCGCUAUGAUGUGCGAAACAGCUGACAGUUCUGGACUCGUCUUUCCAGAUCGUGACGAGGCCGGUGAAGAUCCGGAUGUGGACAACAGGCCAAAGGUGCCGUAUCUGGGUCACAUACCACCGUCUGCAGCGCAAUCAGCAAAGAUCUUGGAACGCUCCGAUAUUCUCGCACCUGAUGCGGCUAUACAGGAACAUUUGGCUUCCCAACGCGGAACGCCGGCUAUGUCGCUUCAGGCAUCGUUUCGUGUGCCCGACCUAGUUAAGAUGCGUAAGUUCAUGGAGAAAUUGCGCAAGUUGAGAAGGCCCAUAGCUAAAGCGUCCAAUCGACAACGCGAGGCUACUGGCGCAUCGUCGCGUGCGCGAAGUUCUCGGGUGACUGUAGAGCGGCUUAAGAAGCCCGUAGAGAAGAUCGUGGAGAGACCGCUUGUCCUUGAAUCAGCGGAUGGUAUGGUGAACAGUCUGGAUGAUGAUUCUGACCAGACUGUGCUCGCGCAGAUCAUCAAAGACUUCGAGAUGAAAGAUAAUGCGGAGCAGCGACUGGUGAUGCAAAUCUUCGACGACCAUCACGAGCGAGGGAUGUGCAGAAAAGAGCAGCUCUUGAUGUACGUCGCAGGGGUUGGCGGUACUGGAAAGAGUCAUGUCAUUCGAGCUGUCACGUCGUAUCUCGGUAAGCAAGGACAUGCGGAUUGGAUACUUAUCGCUGCACCCACCGGCAUCGCAGCCGUGCUUGUCGAUGGGUACACGAUCCAUGCCUUGACAUACUUGAAUGUGGGUGGUAACGGACGAGAUGACAACUACUGCGAGUUGAAUGCAGAGAAGAAGAAGGCGAUCGAGGCGAUCUGGAGACGCGUGAGAUAUCUUAUCAUUGAUGAAGUAUCUAUGAUCUCUGCAACUCAGUUGACGUACAUAUCUAAGCGCCUCAAAGAGGCUCGUAGUACCUUGCCUGGGGGUGAUCUUCCGUUCGGGGGUGUCAACAUUGUGGCUACUGGAGACUUUGGUCAGUUGGAGCCAGUCGGGGGAAGGGCACUUUUCCAUACCAGUUUAGUUAAUCGCCUUGACGAGAGUGCCGGAUCAACUGAUAGCAAGCAAUUCGCUUUGCACGGUGCUUAUCUAUGGCGCCUGUUCGAUAAAGUUGUCGAGUUGAAGAAGGUUGUACGACAGCAAGAUGACCCUGAAUACGGCGACAUGCUGAGUAGAAUCAGGGUGGGAUCUGCUACAACGUGUGGUCCUGGAGGGGUGAUGGAAGGCUCCGAUUACCAUACGGUUUCGCAACGCACGUUGGACUCCAUAAGGGUUGGUGGCGCUGAAUCGCUGACCAAAUUCCAAGAUGCUCCCAUCAUAGUAGGGGAUCGCGUAUCCAGAGAUGCGUUGAACCUGCGCUUGGUGCAUACAAAGGCCAUGAGAUCUGGGGUGCAGCCCGUCUUCCUGUGCGCCAAGGAUCGUCAAACUGGAACAAAGACUCCGCUGUCGGGUCCCUUGGCGAAGGCUGCGAUCCUGUUACCGCCGGGGAGAGCGGAUACGCUAGGCUGUAUGCCAUAUUUUCCCGGAAUGCGCGUCAUGAUUACUGAGAACUUGGCCAUGUGUCACAAGGCCGUCAAUGGUCAAGAGGGUGUGUUGCAGAAGGUUGUCACGGAAGAGGGUGCGGAUGGCAUGCUUCACGCGACUUGCGCGUUUGUAAAAGUCGAGGGCAUUGGACAGGUGUAUCCUGAGCUUCCAGAAGACAUUGUGCCUGUAUUUCCUUCGCGCACAACGCACAAGUUCUGGUCUGUGUAUGCGGAUACUUGGGUCAGUUUCGUUCGCGAGCAGUUGCCUUUGAUGCCUGCUUACGUUUACACCGACUACAAGGCUCAAGGUAGGUCGUUAGACGAAGUGAUUGUAGACCUCGCUAGCACCACCAAGCCGCAGGGCAGGUAUGUGAUGCUGUCCAGAGUCAGGUCGCUGGCGGGUCUCGCGGUUCUGAGGCCGUUCUCGUCGGAAUGCUUCAGUAGACCUUUACAGAAGUAUAUCAAGGACGAGCUAAGACGCGUGUCAGAGCUUGCCUCCCAGACUAAAUGGGAAUUUAGAGAGAACCCACACAAGGACGACGAGGAAUACGAGGAUGAUCUCGGGAUGACUGUAGACGCCACAUCUGAAGAUGGCGAACCGAUGGACGUCGAGGCGAGUUCCAGCUCGCAGGACGGCACAGACUCUGAGUCAUCUGCCAUUGAGGAUGACGAGGACUGUGACACAAAUAGCGAGGUAUAUUCCGAUUACGAGGAAGAGUACAUGGUUACGGAUGGAGAAGAAUAUGAGAUUGAGAUGGAGGUGGAGGGCGAGUUCUGA